ACCCAGGGACGCCAGAGUGGGGUUCUUGGUGGGCGCCCACGUGACAGCCCCCGGGGCGCCCCGGGUUUGCAGGGAACAUGGGCGUCCUCAGGGUAGGGCUGUGCCCUGGCCUCACCGAGGAGACCGUCCAGCUUCUGAAGGGCCAAAGGAUCAAGACAGUGGCGGACCUGGCAGCUGCUAACCUAGAGGAGGUAGCCCAAAAGUGUGGUUUGUCCUACAAGGGCCUGGUUGCCCUGAGGAGGGUAUUGCUGGCACAGUUCUCGGCUUUCCCAUUAAAUGGAGCAGACCUAUAUGAGGAACUGAAGACUUCUACGGCCAUCCUGUCCACCGGCAUUGGAAGCCUGGACAAACUACUUGAUCCUGGCCUCUAUACCGGAGAGGUGACUGAAAUUGUAGGAGGCCCAGGUAGCGGAAAAACCCAGGUAUGUCUCUGUGUGGCUGCGAAUGUGGCCCACGGCCUGCAGCAGAAUGUACUGUAUGUGGAUUCCAGUGGAGGAAUGACAGCAUCCCGCCUCCUCCAGCUACUGCAGGCUAGAACCGGAGAUGAGGAGAAACAGGCAGGUGCUCUCCAGAGGAUACAGGUGGUGCAUGUAUUUGACAUCUUCCAGAUGCUGGAUCUGCUGCAGGACCUUCGGGGCACCAUGGCCCAGCAGGCGACAUCGUCUUCAGGCACUGUGAAGGUGGUGAUCGUGGACUCUGUCACUGCAGUGGUCGCCCCACUUCUGGGAGGUCAGCAGAGGGAAGGCCUGGCCUUGAUGAUGCAGCUGGCCCGAGAGCUCAAGACCCUGGCCCGGGACCUCGCUGUGGCAGUGGUGGUGACCAACCACCUGACCCGAGACAGGGAUGGUAGGAGGUUCAAACCUGCUCUGGGACGUUCCUGGAGCUUUGUGCCCAGUACCCGGAUUCUCCUGGAUGUCAUCAAAGGGGCUGGAACAUUAGGUAGAGGCCAACGCACAGUGUGUCUGACCAAGUCUCCCCGCCAGCCAACAGGUUUGCAGGAAGUGAUCGACAUCGGGACACUGGGGACUGAGGAGCAGAGCCCAGAAUUGCCUGCCAAACAGACGUGACACAGUUGAUUGGGAAAGGGACAGCUUCAAGGCCCUCACAGCAUUCUUUCCCAGUCAGCUGCUGACCAGUGUCACAUGGGGACCUGGCCGUGCAGACGUCUCAGGUUUGUCAGAAGACAAGCCUCAGUUUCCUCAGCUUCACUGUGUGGGAUCUCGUGGAGCCACUGGCCCCAGGAUGCUGCAGUCUGUGUGGGGGUGGGGGUGGACGAGGACCUAGAAGUCCAUUGUAGUCUGUCGUGCCCUCAAGUUUUCUUCUGUUGUGUCCACUGUAUGUUUCCAGUGGAGGCCAAGGUCAACCUACCUUGGGACGCCAAACACAACAGUGACUGGAUGAAUAGCUUCCUGGCCUUGUGUGUCACCAUCCCUCACACAGUAAUCGAGCCAGGAAGCCUUUGUUCCACCCACUCCCAUUUUAUUUUGGCCUCUGUUUUCCCACCUGCAAGAUGGGACUUCCUUUGUCUCUGAAUUACUCAUAGAAACAACCUCGAAAUGUAAAGCUCUUUAUGUAUGCUCCACUCUUAAAAAUAUAGAAAGAGGAAGUCCUCUGAGCCCUAGAGCCACCUGAUUUCCCCCAAGAAGGUUGAUUUUCAGGUCUUGGGGUGGGACUCCCAGAGAAUGAGAGUUUGUCCCUGCUUGCUGACUGGGUUUCACACACCUGCAUACAUCAUCCUGAUAGGUGAGAACAUGAGCUCGAUGCUGUCCCAGGGAUAUAAUUUACCGGAGAGGGAGGAUAUGACCUGCUCCCGGUGAACCAGACACUUGUUUCAUAUGCAUGGUGCCCUGUGGGGCUCUUCCUCAGUAUAGAGUAACCAGAGGUGCUGAACCGUGGCCUAACCUAUAAACAGACAGAGGAGAAUUUGCACAGUAAAUAUAAGCAGCUGGGAAAAUUGAUGCCAGCAUAAAUAAUACAUGGCAAAUCUAGUCUUUUAUACAGAAAUUCAUUGCUGGUGGCUCUAAGAUGCAGUAUAAUUACACCUCUCAUUCUGCCAGCUGUACCACAGCCUCGUCAUGUCUCAGUGAAUAAAAUAACACCCUGUCUGUUACCAA